AUGCAAACAUCAAUCGCAUUCUCUCCAUUUCCAAACACACUCAUCAAAUUCAGAACACAACCUUCCAAACCAAACCCUAUUUUCCAUCGAACCAAACCAUCUUCUCCCAUUACACUAUGCAAUUUUCAACCUCAAUCACCCUCAAUCCCUUCCACACUGAAAACCCCCCAAUUCCGCUUCUCCAACGCGGGUCCUCUUCGUUGCGGCAUUUCGUCGAACAGCGAGAGCGCAAAUGUGGGUGAGAGGAGUUUAAGGCAGUGGGUCGAGCUUACUGGUGAGGUGAUAUCCACGGCCUUUCCUUUGUGGGUUACGAUUGGGUGUGCAUUGGGUUUGGUGAGACCGAGUUCAUUCAAUUGGGUUACUCCUAAAUUGAGCAUUGUGGGUCUUAGUGUAAUUAUGCUUGGCAUGGGUAUGACUUUAACUCUUGAUGAUCUUCGUUCUGCUCUUUCUAUGCCUAAAGAAGUCUUCUCUGGUUUUUUCCUUCAAUAUUCGGUGAUGCCAUUAUCUGCAUUUUUUAUAAGCAAACUCUUAAAUCUUCCCUCACAUUAUGCAGCUGGUUUAAUAUUAGUUGGGUGCUGUCCAGGAGGCACAGCUAGUAAUAUUGUUACAUAUCUUGCACGUGGAAAUGUGGCGCUUUCUGUUGUAAUGACAGCUGCAAGUACUCUAUCAGCCGUGAUCAUGACUCCUUUUCUGACAGCCAAACUAGCUGGUAAAUAUGUAGCUGUGGAUGCAGCUGGCUUAUUAGUGUCGACAUUGCAGGUUGUGCUUUUUCCUGUAUUAGCUGGUGCGCUUCUGAAUCAGUAUUUCCAACCUCUUGUUAAACUUGUAUCUCCAUUGAUGCCACCCUUGGCCGUUGCAACUGUGGCAAUUUUAUGUGGAAAUGCAAUUUCACAGAGUGCUUCUGCAAUCCUUAUGUCUGGAAGACAGGUAAUCUUAGCCGUCUGCCUUCUUCAUGCUUCUGGUUUUUUCUUCGGAUACGUUCUUGCAAGAAUUCUCGGGCUAGAUGUGCCAUCAUCGCGAACCAUAUCCAUUGAAGUUGGCAUGCAGAACUCGGUUCUCGGUGUAGUUCUGGCUGCCAAGCACUUUGGAGACCCCCUAACGACAGUACCUUGUGCUGUUUCAAGCGUAUGUCACUCAAUCUUUGGUAGCAUAUUGGCAGGAAUGUGGAGACGUUCUGUGCCUCCCGAGAUAAAGGACUGA